AUGAUGCUGCCUCGGGCCUCGACGGCCCUUUGGCUCGUCGCCAGUCUUGCGUGGCACGCAGCCGUGGAGGCAGUGCCCACGCCUCCCAUCUCCAUGGCGGCGCACGGCACUGUUUACGUCGUGAUGCCGGAGCUGGAUGGCAUGGGCUCGCCGAGGGAUUUCCGAGGGCAAGGCGGAAUCAGCUGGAGUCGGCUGCCUGCGCCAGGGGAGGACGCCAUCACGGCGGAGUGGCAACGGCUUCGAAACAUCAGACCUGAUCAGUCCGACGACGAGAUUGACCGCGAAGAUGCCGAGGACUUGGUAUUCACUGGCAUGCGAUACCACAGUCGUAGGUUGCAACGGGAGGCCUGGCUUUGGCUCGAUCCGCGGAGGGAAGCACCGAGACGAGUGCAGCGUGUCUGGAUCUACGAGGUUGCCACGGCGCCAAACGUGCUGCUCUAUCCCGAGGGCACCUUGGGCGGUGGUGGUCUCGGAGGGCAGUACAUAGCUGUCGAGGCUCUCGGGGGCAUCGUCUGGUCCCAGGUGGUGCGAUUUACGGAGCUGUCCCGCGCCUCGUUCGGAGACCGGUACGCCGCCUUGACGGAUGAUGACCCGUCCUAUCCAGACUGGCUCUCCUCGAUCGAGUUGACCUGGAUGCCGAACCCCGACUAUAACAGGGAGUGGGAGGCGUACGGCGCGACCCAGGGAGCUCCCAGAGUCGGCUCUCACAGCCCCCCGCCCCAGGGGCAAACGCGGGUUCAGCUGGCGAGGGAGCUCAUGGCGCGAGUCACGAGCAGCGAGUUGGUUCCCGACCUGCGGAGCCGGCAGACGUUGCGACGCCUACUUGACUGGGAUGUCGAAAGAGAGCCUGACCGCAACUUCCCGCUCCUCCAACAUGCACAGCCUCCGCGGCUCGACGCCUCGGCACUGUCGCAGAUCGACUGGUCUCUGGUGCAGAUCCCGCCAGAGGUACAGAUAGCGUUGGCAUCCGGGCUUGCCACUGCUGUCCAGUGCGCCCUUGCCCUGGAUCCAUUCAUCCAAUACUUCUCCAAAGGCCCCAAGAACAAGAGACAAGACCAGCAGCAGCAGAAAGAUGCGUGCAACAAGCUCGAGGCCCGAAUCAAAGAGACCAGCAACGUGCCGCUGCUGUGCCGCAAAAUCAAGAACAUACAGCUGAGCAUCGUCCUGUCCGACGGCUUCAUGGACGGAACCUGGGAUGCGGUCGGCGGCACCCUCGAAGGGAAGGCCGGCAAGGCCGACUUCUACUUUGCCCACGCCCCAGACGCUGGCGCCCAAAACACAGACAUCACGGUCGACAUGAAGGCUGGCUUUGGAUCCGACGAAAUAGACAUUACCGGCAUAGACACGCUGACCAUCAACGCCCAGGGGAUUCUCUCCGAGUCAUGGGGCCCCUUGAAGAAUGAUGAGUUCGUAGUCAAAGACAUCAAGAUCCGAGCCCAGUGCUCCGAUCCCGCCUUCAAGGCCCAAAACAACAAAUACAUUGGCAUCAACGCACCGUACAAGCAUCCCGGUCGUGAGUCGGCUCUCGGAGACCUCCUGGGCGAAUAUCACAAAAAGACCGUGGGAAGAUUAAGCAUCAGCCCCAAGGAUUGGACAUUCACCCCUCCCUGCAGCGCCAUCAAAGACCUCAAGUAUCACUUCAAGCUUCAAGAUGUUACCGGUGCCGGGACCUACGACAGCAUCUCCUUUACUCUCGGGGCCAGCAAACGGAUUCCUCUCGGCAGUAACCUGGACAGUGGCUUCUCCAAGGACGAUGUAAUCGGCUUGAAAGAGAUGUUUGGCAAGGACUCGCUGAAGAUUCAAGACCUGACCAAUGUCACCAUUUAUGAUGACGUUGCCGACGCCAUUGUCUUGAAGGCUGACGAAUGGAACUUUGAAGGUAUUCACCCUCCUCCCCGGCGGUACUGCAUCGAUUUGCAAGGUGGUCCCGGUUGUGCUGACUGCGCCUCUUUUUUAGGCAUGACAUUCCUGGCGACCUGCGCAGAUGUCCCCAAGAAGGUGCAAAUGAACAAGUUCCAGUCGGUCAACCAAGUCGUCCAGUACAAAGACAAGCCAGAGGUUUGGACUGGCGAUAUUAGCCCUCAGGAUUGGCUGGAGGUAGCUUGA